GCCCACAUAUCGGAUAACAUGUAAACAGUGCCUACAGUUUGCUCGUGAAGUGCAUGUCUUGAAGUGCUGUCAAGUCUUGUAAACCAACCCUCGAUUGCCAUAAUUGGAGAUCACUUGCAACCACACCACUAGCGAAUUGCAAAAGAUGUUGAGAUGUCUUAACAGAGAACUGCUUUCCAAGUAUAACAACGACGGACUCGUUAGCCAUACGAGUGAAGAACAAUAUAACAACGACGGACUCGUUAGCCAUACGAGUGAAGAACAAAGGAAAGUUGAGGAAUCGGUUGAGAGAUGUUAUGAAGAGAUUGAAGGCAUUGUAGAGAAUGACAAUCAAGCGCCUCAUUUGCUGCGCGAUAAGCACCAGAAGUACUUAAUCCGUGGUCUCAGCCAACCAUUGCAUCAGUCGUUCCAAUGUCUGGACGCGUCCCGUCCGUGGCUGACCUACUGGAUCACCCACUCCCUAGCCAUUCUUGAUUUGGACUCACAUUUGGAAUUAAAUGCUAUAAAAAUAAUCAAAUUCUUAACGAAUUGCAAGAAUCGCGAGGGCGGAUAUGGUGGGGGACCCCAACAGAUAUCACAUUUGGCCACCACUUAUGCGGCUGUCAAUGCUUUGGUGACACUGUGCAGUGAAAGUGCACUCAAAUCUAUUAAUCGGCAGGAAAUCAAGAAAUUUAUUGUCGAAAUGAAGCAAAACGACGGCUCAUUUCGGAUGCAUUCGGGCGGAGAAAUCGAUAUCCGAGGGGCCUAUUGUGCCAUAUCUGUGGCCAAACUCUUGAACCUUGAAGACGACGAUCUCUUUGAAAACACUCCUCAAUGGCUGCUAUCGUGUCAGACAUAUGAGGGUGGGUUCGGUGCAGCGCCUGGACAUGAGGCACACGGAGGCUAUACGUUCUGCGCUGUGGCCGCUCUCGUGCUAUUGAACUGUUUGGACUCAUGUAAUACCAAAUCACUGCUCAAAUGGGUUAUUAACAAACAGCACAGAUAUGAGGGCGGGUUUGCUGGCAGAACAAACAAAUUGGUCGACGGGUGCUAUUCCUUCUGGGAGGCAGCAGUACUACCCAUUGUUCACGUAUUUUUGGCACAAAAAAAUCCGCAGUUAAUUCCGGCCAAUAAAUGGUUGUUCAAUCAAAGAGCACUACAGGAAUACCUAUUGUGCUGUUGUCAAGAGGCGAGCGGAGGUCUAAUCGACAAACCGGGCAAAAAUCGUGAUUAUUAUCACACCUGCUAUUGUUUGUCCGGACUAUCAAUCGCACAAAAUUCUCUGUCGAGUCAAUUGAUUGUCGGCCCACAAGAGAAUAAAGUGGCUCCCAUUCAUCCGCUAUUUAAUGUUCGCUUAGAUUCCGUGCGUUUCGCUAAAGAAUAUUUUACGGCCAACACGUGAUAAUACCGUAUAGUCUUUCACACAAUUAUUGUAAUACUGAUUGAUUUGAAUCUAC